AUGGAAGGAAUACUUUAUAAAUGGACGAACUACAUCAGUGGUUGGCAGCCUCGUUGGUUUGUGCUUGAAGGAGGAACUCUGUCCUAUUAUGACUCCCAAGAGGAUGCCUGGAAAGGAUGUAAAGGCAGUAUUAAAAUAUCUGUUUGUGAGAUUCAAGUCCACUCCACAGACUCCACACGGGUGGACCUGACUAUACCCGGAGAGCAGUACUUUUACUUGCGUGCUCUCAAUGCUGCGGAAAGGCAAAAGUGGCUGGUGGCACUGGGGACAGCAAAAGCUUGUCUUACAGAUAACAGAACCAAAAGAGAAAAGGAGCUUCAAGAGAGUACAGAAGCAUUGAAAACUAAGAUGUCAGAACUCCGGCUAUACUGUGACCUGCUACUACAGCAAGUAAACAAAAUCAAGGAGAGUGAUGAGCUUGAGCAUCCAGCUGAGACUGGCAUGGACACGGGAGAUAUGGUUAAAUCCACUUGCACAACCUUUUUGAAGACUUUAGAAGAGUGCAUGCAGAUAGCUAACCGUACUUUCAACACUGAAAUGGCAACACAAAGCCCACCAGGAUCUCCUCCAGUAGCAGCUAUUAAACCACAAAAGAUUAGACCUAUCAACCAUUUAAAGCAAAAUAUAGGAGAAAAAUGGAGAGAUUUGCCAGAAAGCCCAGGAGAAACAAUUGCACAUGACAACCAGAGUCUCGACUCCGGACCAGAGGGACCAGAAGAACCUGAAAUAUCAAGAAUCUCUCUCCAUUCAGACAAUAAGGCAGCUAACAACAAGAACUCAAACGAUGAGAAGAAAGACUCUCCUGAGAAUAGCUCCGAUGGCAGAUGUGAUGCCCCAGCAGCAGUGACGGGCUGUGAGGAGGCCAAGUGGAGCAUAGAGCAGAAGCAGAAGGAGGACCAGAGCGUGGAGAGGGACAACAACAACACCCUCAACACUCACCAACAGGUUGACGUCCUCGACCCAGAAGGAAAUGAACUGCAAGAGCCAGCAGAGAGCGAGGACUCAGAGCAAGUGGAGACCUUCUUCAGCACAAUGAGUCACAGAUUUAGUGAUAUAAGCCUGGACGACGACAAUGGUAUCCCAACACAAGAGUUUUUGGACUCAUGCUAUGCAAUAGUACCAGUAUUAGACAAAUUGGGCUCUACAGUCUUUGCACCAGUUAAAAUGGACUUUGUUGGAAAUAUUAAGAAGAUUCACCAGAAGCUGAUGUCAGACCCAGAGAGCUUCCCGACCCUUCAGUCCAUAGUGGUGCAUGAGAUGGACCAGGAGGUGGAGAAGGUGCGGAACUCUGCCACCGAGGCGCUGCUGUGGCUGCGGAGGGGCCUCAAGUUCCUCAUGGAGUUUCUGUGUGAGGUGGACGCAGGGCAGCAGGACAUCCAGAGAGCUCUGAAUAACGCCUACGGGAAGACCCUGCGGCGAUACCACGGAUGGGUCGUUCGAGGGGUUUUUGCGUUGGCCCUGAGAGCUGCCCCGUCGUACGAGGGGUUCACAGCUGCCUUAGUGACCAGACAAGGGGAUGAGCUGAGGGCCACCUUCACCAGCGGCAUGCACAGAGACUUAGGGCUGUACCUGCCGGCCAUGUCCAAGCAGCUGAACAUUCUAGACGGCUUUUAUGAAGAAUACAACCUGGAGUCCGAUGAAGUGGUGUGA